CAUGUGACUCACUGGUGAUGUCAAAGGACUAUAUUUGUUCAGCAUUGUCCAAAGGGUUUUAAACUUUCCACAAAAAAGAAAUAUUAAAUGAUCUCAGUUUCAUUAAAGGAAGUAUUGAGGACUUGAGUUAUAUAUGAACAAAAUGAAGUUGAAGUCCUUCACCCUUAGCAGUCCAGAGGGUAGUGUCCACUCACACCAGCCUGACCAAUGACUAGAGAGUGGUGUUCUGACCACUGAAAACCAUGACAACCAGACAGCUUGUUGCCUAGGUAACAGAAUGACCAACAGUGUGAUGGAUAUAUCAGAUCACACUGGUCCUGUGGUCAGCGGUGAAUUUGAGGUGGAAAGAUUGGAGGAGUCUCUGAAUAGUGAGGAAUUGUGGGAUGCUAGUCCAGACUGUGGUUGGAUUUUGCUUGAGCCGGAUAUACUGGCGUCUCUGCUGAGGAAUAACCUGGAUAAGAUUUUGCUGAUCGACAGUCGGUCGUUUUUGGAAUACAACACAUCACGCAUUCAACAAUCUGUCAAUCUCUGCUGCUCAAAACUCGUCAAAAGGCGACUUCAGCUGGACAAGGUUCACAUUGGUGACCUCGUGACCCAGACCUGCCAUAUUGACAUAGAGGAAUAUUCGGACGUGAUUGUCUACGACCAAUGUACGGAAUCUCCUGAACUUCUAACUGCGGACAACUUCCUGUCCAUUCUGCUGUGUAAACUAGUCAUGUGUACAACUUUCAACAGUGUGUCUCUCCUUAAAGGUGGCUACUUGACGUUCCAAGCUAUGCACCCUACUCUUUGUGAGAACAAGGCUAGCAACGCCUACAAGUGUACCCCCCUCACCUCUCUGUCACAGCCCUGCAUGCCGGUCGCCAACAUCGGUCCCACACGCAUACUCCCCUUCCUUUACCUCGGAUCUCACAGAGACGCCAUGUCUCAGGAAACGAUACAGAUAAAUGACAUAUCGUACAUCCUCAACGUCAGCAUCACAUGCCCCAAGUCCCCGUUUGUACAGGACGGACAUUUCCAUCGCAUUCCAGUCAACGACAACUACAGCGCUAAACUGUUGCCGUUCUUCCAUCAAGCAUUCCAGUAUAUAGACAAGGUACGGGAGGCCAAUGGUUGUGUUAUGAUCCACUGUCUGGCGGGGAUAUCUCGAUCCCCCACGCUGGCGAUCGCUUACGUCAUGAAAUACCUACAUAUGUCAUCAGAUGAUGCCUACAGGUAUGUGAAAGACAAGCGCCCCACUAUCUCCCCAAACUUUAACUUCUUGGGUCAGCUUCUGGAGUACGAAAAGUUGAUCAAACAAGAAGAAGAAGCAGUAAAACAGCAACGAGACUCAGGGGGGUCCGUCAACGAUGGAAAAUCCACACCCAUCAUCAUGGAUCUCCAGACAUGCAGUCCAUCAUCACCGAUCGCUAAAGUGACAAAACCAUUCUCCUUUGAUACGCAGUGGACUUUACGUUCCCCUGAGUGCGAUCUAAAGCGAGACACAAACGACAACCUACCAUUGUUGGCUGGUUCUGAUACGUGGGACAAUUAUACCGAAAAAUCAUUGUCUAAAAGCCAAGCAACGAGGAUGGAGACGGACUCGCCGGAGAAGAGAAAAUUCAGUGACUCGGGUAUGGGGUGUAGUAAUUUCCUCCCCUUCUCAGAUGGUACCACUGUGACACCUAGCACAGGGUUAUCCCCCUUUCCUUUUGGUGAGUCAACAAUCAGUAAUGGGCACAGGCUUGACACGCAAGAGGAAUUAAGAAUUCAAAAAGAUUGCAAGAGGAAAUCCCCCUCCCCCAAGUCUCCUGUGAGUCGAUCAUUUACCCUGUCACUUAGUCCAGUGACACUCCCCUCAGAAGGAAUCACCGCCCCCCGGGACAGGAAGCGAUCUUUUGGAUCACCCAUGACAAAACCAGCCAGCUUGAUUUCUCCGUUAUCUAGAUCUCCUGGGAAAACUUUUGUCAAACCUUUCAGUCUGCCUCUCUCCCCGGUUUUGUCCCCAGAUACACCGGAAACCAGCGAACCUGCACACACAAAUCUGCUCAUCAAGGACGCGUCCAGUUGUCGACUGGAUGGCUCAUCAGCUCAAGGAAACGAUGGGAAGAUGGCAGCUGUAUCAAAACCAUUCUCAUUACCAUUGACUUGUGUGAAUUCUCCAGAUGUCGGGGAAAGUGUUAGUAACCAACAGAAGAAAUUUAAACAGGAGAGGAACUUCUCCCUCCCCUUGUCUCAGAAGGACAGUAGUCAGUCUGAUCACAAGACUGGCAAGUCUCGUCCAUUUGUUUUACCCAUAUCACCUCUUGUUUCCUCAGAGAAAAACUUAUCUCUCAUGGAAAUCAUUUCACCUACGUCAUCAGAGGCUCCGACCCCAAUUAAAAGUCCAUCAAGGUCGUUCACAUUACCUCUGUCUACCGUCAGUCUACAAGCAAACCAGGGACACAAGCCAGCGAUGGACUUGCAUAGUCCAUGUCAUCUAAGUCGGGAUUUACCAAGUCCGUGUAAUCCAGAAGUGGUGUCACUGAAAGGGACAGAAAAUAUGUCAUCAUCAUCUUCAUCAUCAGAUUCACGAAACAGUAAAUCUCAACGGAAAUUUGAUCUCAGUUUAUCGCCUGUGUGUUAUGAAAACACUACCCCAGUGUCUCAGUCAAAGUGUUGUGAAGCAUCAGGGGCUCCCCUACCCUCAGAGUCAAUUGUUAAUUCACCCCAGACCCUUGGUCUCCCUAGCCGAACCUCUGAACUACGAUCCCCGAUAUCACAGACAAUAUAUUCUCCUUCGGCUGCCCUAGCGGAGUUACAUUUUAGUCAGUCCAUUGCUGAAAAAGCGGACAAAACCACCCCACUUCAACAAUUUCCAUCUACCUCUCUCGACAAACUCAACUUCACUCCUUGUUUUGCUACAGAAAACAAAACAAAGGAGUUGUGUUCAGUGGACGUUUCUGCAGAUUGUAAGGAAUCGAUGGAUUUGACGUCCCCCGUCUCGAGUGGUUCUACUUGCAGCUCCACCGUGACAUCGCCUCUGGGUCAUCAGGUCACACUUCGAGUGAAAGAAAAUAGGACAAAACGUUCUCUCAUACGACCAAACAGUAUUGCGUUUUCUAAAUAUCCAACCUUUGACUUGGGGUCAGACUGUCAGGAAUCGCCAAGUUCUGCGAGCAGCACGUCGCAAGACGAUUCGGCAGAUACAUACCUUCUACAAAAUGGGAAACGCUCCAAGGCAACAGAAUCGCACGUUGGACGUUACACGGAGCGUGAUGUUUACCGUCAAAUUACCGCAGCCAUGGAAAGUGCAAUGUUCAGAACGCAGGUAUAUGAGGCUAGUCGUAAGGCACGAAGCCUGGAUGAUAUGUUGACUUCUGGAGAAUCUGUUAUUGGGAAACCCUCCACCACUGCGUGUUCACCGUUUGGGAAAUUCCCUCGACGGUGUGGGAUGGGACAGGAACGGUUCAGUUCUCCAGGAAUGUAUGAAAACGUGUCGUGUCAUGCUUCACCUGACGUGUACCAGUCCAGCAGUAGCAUAUCAUCGAAUGGCAGUCACGGGUCAUUGCAUGGGAGCCUGGAGAUCAUACAGGUAUCCUAGCAACCGUGUGAUGCAUGCUGGUGCCCACUUUUCUGUUCUGACUUGUCAUUAAGUUCUCUGACUUCGGUGCUAUUUUGAUGCAAAAUGAUUUGUUUUCUUUUCUUCUUUUUCCCUUAGAAUCAUUUGAUUUUGUUUUAAUUUUUGAGUUUGCAGUACAGCAUGUUUUAAUUUAAAUGUAUUAUUUGUUGUAUGGAGAUGAUGUAUGCUUUUCACUAUGUUCUGUAAAUUAGCUGCAUCCUGUGAAAACAAUAGCUUUUCUUUCAUUUUGUUUUAAUAUUUUUGUGCUUUACAAUGUAGGUUUGACAUUGUAAUUUUGAUCUUUGCUAGUGACUGGGGUUUUGCAUUAACUGUUGUGUAAUUUUUUUUUUAAUAAUUUAUGAGAUCAUGUCAAAAGUCAUGCAUGUAGAAAUUUGUUUUCUUAAAUUGCCAAAAUUUCUUUGCAAGAUAAUUGUUUAGUGAAUAUGAAAAGUUCUAGAAAACUAUAGAAUCCUUAUUACACACGGGUAAUUGAUAUUAAUUUUACAUUAAUUUCCAAAAUUAAGAGUCGCACUUUCAUUUAUCACUAAAUUGUAUGAUUUAAGUCCUGCUAAGUAUAGUAGUCAGAAUUCUAUAUGGAAAAAUGGCUUUGCCACUUUACUUUCAAGUAUUUUCAGUGUCAAACUUAGGAAAAAAUAACACUGUCAAAUUUUUUAAACCGAUGUACGUCAUAGGUUCUGAAGUAUAUCAUUGGUCGUUUUAUGAUUUCGCCUGUCUGAUUAGCUCAUUGGAUGAAGUCAGUAAGUCCGCAAUCUUUGGAGAAUGUGUUCAAUUAAGGCCUACAGGGGGUUAAUUUUGUUCUUAUACCACUUACAAUUUUAGGCAAUUAUAUAUAUUUAUAUAUAAUUGAGACGAAUUUUUAAAUUUCCAAUUCUACAGCAUUAUUAUUCCAUAGUUUUCAUUCAGGAAUGAAAUACUGUGCGUGUACUUUCUUAAGGAGGUAUGCUACACCGGAGAAAUUUGAUGUGGAUGAAAAGUGGAGGAUAUGUACAACAAUAUUUUUAAUUGAAAACUUUCAAAUAUACUUUAUUUAGUAAUAAAAAAUUGCAGUUUUAGUGGAAAGCAAUCUGAGAAAAAUUUAAAACCCCUGCUUGACUCGAACAUACGAUCUACAGUUCAGCAGUCGACGUGCUAACCUACUGAGCUACUCUGCUAGGCAAGAAAUUUUUAAACGAAUAGACAAAUAUUGCUGAUAUUUAUAUUUUCAUCUAUGUUUUAAAAGAAAGUCAGCCAUUAUGACACUGUAGAGUACCUCCUUAACGUACAAUAUUCCUUCCUAAGAAAGAUAACUCCUACAUUAAGGAAUGACCAAUAUUAGUGUGAAUUUAAGUCUGUAAAAUUAAAGUAACUUGUAUUUUGAUUAUAUAAUUUGAACUUCUUUUUGAAAAAUACGAGAAGUAUAUUGUAAUUUCUUAGAGUCGGAACUUAGAAAAGCAGUAUUAUUUGUAGACCAACUGUAAUUUGUGAAUCAUAUUUGCUUAGUAAUAUUCAUGAUGUACACCUUAUGGGUAGACAGAGUAAGUGGUUCAUGGUAAUUACUAUAGUAAUAUUCACGAGAUAAGCGGUGCUUGCAAAUCUUAGUUAUUAGUCUCUCCUGAUUAACUGUUUGUUUAACAGUAUCACCGGGAUGAUGUUUGACUGAUCUCGCUUUUCUCUGCACUAUGCAUUCAUGUUUUUUCUUCUGCAUGAAAUUGUGGUGAAAUAGAAUCAUAUUGCUCAUCAAGUAAGGUUUUGAUGAACAAUUGUUCACCAUUGUUAGUUUCUGUAAGACAUGGGAAGGUUCAUUCCCGAGAUUUAGCGGUAGAUUUUAAAGUUACAAUUAGUAAUUCCUAUGGAAUAAAAUGUCUUCAAAAAGAGCUCUAAAUGCAUUAAUUGUUUUGAUAGGGGCUUUCUGCUUUGAUUACAGAGAUUCGUGAUACAAAUGUUUCCUGUAGCAAUGUUACAUAACUCCAGACACACUGAAGACUUGUAUUCAUUUUCCGACUCUUAACACAUCCCUAUAUUUGAUUUUCCUGAUAUUUAAAUUGAAUAUAUCUUUACUUAAAACCUUAAUCAUUUUGAGGUCAGUGUAAAGUAAUAUUUUUUGGCAUAAAGAAUUAUGAAACAUUGCUGACAGAAAAAACACGCACCUUAAUUUAAGUACUAAAUGGUUUAAAGAAUGUAGACAAUAAGAUGUAACUUUCUGUGGAUGUUGACACUGGUCAAUAAAGUUAUGUACAAAACAAUGUUAACUUUUUUUAUUCUAUGCUACAAAGGUUGGGGAGUGUCCCAAAAAGCGCCGGAAAACAUCUGAGAAAUAAUGGGUAAGGGGCAGAUAACUGUUGUCCACUAAAUGUUGUGGGGACGUGUUGGUGUUGUGAUAUAAUUUUCUAUUAUCAUGAAUAUUAUUAUUUUUAAUAUAAUUGAUAUAACAAGUACACAUACAGUGCCAUGUAACGAUAUUAUAUUCACUACGCGCUUUCCUUUUUUUUUUUUUUAUGGCAAUAGUGAUUUUCCUUUGAUGAUUUCGACAGAGGUAGAAAAUCGUGUACAUAAAAAUCUGACAUUGAAUGAAUUCAUUAAGCUUAACAGUUUUGCUGUGAAUACAGUUAAUGUAGAAGUUUUUUGUGUAUUGAGAGUUAAGGAGUUGUAGCAUUUUGGAACAAACAUACCAACCCACUGAAGAAGUCGUGCUUCAUUUGAAGUACUGAUAUAUAGUCAAGUACAUAUGUACUGUAAUUUACUACUGUUUUUCAAAGCUCUUUAAUUUCUAGCGAUAAGUUAAUGUGUUCGGCAUACUUGGUACAGUCGAAAGAAAAGCUGAUGGAUAGAGAAGCCAAUUUAGUACUAAUAGUACACUAUUACUUAACAAUCUAAAUUCUCACUUUUGUAGUGUAAAUUAACUUUCAUUUUCUUGUGUUAUUUGUUCUUCACUCUCCAUGUUAAUUUUCCUAUACUCUAGGAUGACACGGGAAUUUGAAUCCCAUAAUGCAACACUCGGAAUCAACAGAAGAACAAUCAGAUAGACCUCAGGAACUUGGCAUCGAUGUACAGACCUAACACCCCAUAUAGAGAGCUUUGUGCCUUAUGAAAUUCAAAUCCUCUGGCAUAAGUAGAUUAUUUGUGACAUUUAGUGGGGCACUACAAGGAGGAUCUCUUCAUCGGUCACUAUUCCAAAAUAGAAAUACAUGUAUUGUUACUGGGUAGCAUUUAGAAGUCAUGAAAACAUUGUAAACUUCAUGAACAAUGUUUUUCCGUUAUAUACGUACACCAAUGUGUGCUCUACAUUGUAAAUUUUGUAGUGAAUUUGAAUUCUGUGUUAGUUGUUGUAACUAGAAUGAUCUACAGAGCACGUACACAUACAAUUUCAUUGAACGCAAAUGCAUUUGGAACUUCUCGGGUUUUAUCGGCAAGCGAUUUCCGCUUCACAUGUACGAAAAGGGCCGAUAAGAUGCGAUUGAUGUUUAAAAAACAAUUCAGCACUAUUCAUGCUGCACAGUAUGCUAAUGUAUUUUCAAUGAAUCGGUGCACGUGCGACCGUCAAAAGGCGGCAAAUCUCGCUAAAAUAGGUACAGUUGUAGUAAAAUGUAUAAUGAAAGCAUUUGAAUGAAUCGUCACGGUUUAGAUUUCCACUCUCUAAACGUGGGAAUAUGUUCUCCCUAAAUUAUUCAUUGUUUUGUAUUUAUAGUUACAUGUAUAUGAUGGUUGUUAUGAAAUAUUUAGAAUUCUCAGGAAUUUUAUUUUUCAAGUUAUGACGAACCGGGAGCAGUAUAAAUUUUCUGUGUUUCCUCUUGUAUUGAAAUUUUUAAUGUACUUCACAAAGUUUUGCAUUUCAUUUCCAAAAUAUAAAUUCAAUGUAUAAGAGGCACUUCAAAUUGGCACCGUAUUUCUUUCAUAGUCAACUCUACACAUUUCACUUUAGCACCAUUUCAAAAAAACAAAAAUAAAAAAACACGAAAAACAUGUCUUACAGCGUAAAUUUACACAAUUACAUAAGAAAAAAAUGUUUGGUACCUACGUUUACAUAUAUCUGUGACGGAAAAUAUUGCGUUCACAAUUUUGAUCAAUUCUUACUAUAUAAGUAAAGUAGUCCAUAUGAGCACAAUAUCCCGCGGAAUCUUUACACAAUACUAACAAAUAGGGCAGAGUAGGUUUUUUCUCUCAGUUACAUACUUUGAUUUCGUUGCAUUUAAAAGGAAGAAUCUCUAUAGAUCGAUAUGAUACUGAAAUUGAUAAAGAAAUUAAUAUUAAUAAACGGUAUACAAAAGAAAACGACUCUAGAGCAGGGCGUGGCUACAGAAAAAAAAGUGGCACCACAUAAGAUGGUAGCUUUUCCGCCCUAUAAGGGAGGUUGUACAUGUAGAACCCAAAAUGACACCCUCUUUUUAGUUAAAAAUAUUUAACGGGGAUGGGGGUGGGUUGUUGCUACCAUCACUACGCUAGACUUUCCGCCCUUUGUGCUUUAUAUACAAUGAGGACAAUGUGAAUUUUUUUUGGUCAUUUAUGAUUAUUUCUUGAAAUGCAUUAAAGUGGACGAUAGCUCCAGGAAAUUAUAUUCAGCUACCUCUUUGUACCUCAUUCACUAGUUCAUGGUGGAAGAAAUGCACUAUUUAAAAAAUACAUAUAUAAUCAUCUUUAAUCUCGGAUAUGAUAUUUUUUUAUUUUUUUUUUAGAUUAAACGGAAAGGUUAUUUGUUCACGUUCUGAUCUUGCUCGUGGAGAGAAACUUUGGCAAACAUUCAUUUUUUAAGCAAUGCAGAUGAAUCGGACAACUAUAAUGAUGUUGUAAUAUCGUAAACUUUAGUACCAUGGUAGGAAUAUGAAAAGUGAUGUUCCUUUUUACGAGUGUUCAAUUUAACGACGUGAAAAUUGUAGUUGAUGUCAAUAUAGAUGAAUAUUUGAUAUUGUAUGAAAUGUUUUCGGUCCAAAUAUGACUGAAGUCUUCAGUAUCAGUCUCUGUAAGAAUCAUACAAAGAGUGGUUUAUUGAUGUUGAAAUAAAUUAAGAUAUUCUGGACAUUAUACAACUGAAUCUGAACAAGUACAAACAAAUAUUAUAUCAUUUUAUGUACAAAGUUACAUUUUUGCAACUAUUAAAAAAAUCCAUUUGAAAACAAAAUUUGAAACCAAUUGAAUUACCUUCUACCAUUUAAUAUGGAACAAAUUUCCAAAACCAACUGUUAUGGUAUGCUGUAUAUAUAUCUAGAUAUAAUGCAUUUCAUAAUAUACACGUAUACAAUGCUAUGGAAUAUUAAAUUCUAUGUAGAUGAGGGUGAGUCACGUGUUUAAUGACACGGCCCUAGUCUGGAGUGCUACUUGGCCGUCUAACUUUGAAUCCCGUAAGUCAAAACUAAUCAGCCUACUGUUGACAAUAUAUAGACAUUGUGAGUUUUACAUUCUUGUUAUUGAAAUAUUUUGUUUUGAGAUAUUUUUGUAGAACGUCUUGAGGAGUGUGAUAUCGUUGUCUGGUAAGAACUAUUAGAUUGUGUGUACAGAAAAUCUGUGAUUGUGUAAAUACAACUAUACUAUAAGGUGUGCGUUGAGAAUAUGGAUAAUAUUAUUUUCACAAGUAAUAUACACCCUGUAUAUAGAUAGAUUUAUUUACGUGGACCUCAUCCAACGUCAUCGAGUUCCCGGUUUUCUUUUUAUUAUCUUGGUUGUGUAACAGAAAUCUACCGGCACUGAAUGAUGAAAACCCUGUAUUUUUAAGUUUUAUAGCCUCCCUACACCUGUGUAGUAAAUCAGGUUUGUUGGGAAAUACAUGUUAUAGUAUAUUUCUUAAUUUAUUAAAAAAAAAUAUAUAGAGUUAAUUAUUUACAUUUUUAUACUAUAUUAAUUUUGUCAUUGUGUGUGCAAGUCUUGUAAUUAGAAAAAUGAAUCUGAUGUUAUACUUUUGUCAUCACUACAUGCACAGUUUACAAACCAAGCUAAUCCUAUACGUCUUGUGUAACAUUCAUUCAUAGAUGUGGAAAACGUACGCACAGUCCAAUCGUAACUACUCGGCUAUUUCCGUAACCAAUUACGGAAAAUGACGAGCGUGAUCCGAUUGGAGUUGUAUCAUCAAUCACGAACAGAAAAGCAUCCACAUUCUUUAGUGUAGAAUGCCAUUUCUUUUGACGUAUUAUUAUGCAUAAUAAACACUCAUUCAGAAACCUUUAUGCAUUUGACGUAAGAUGACGAAAAUUUAAAAAAUUGUGAAAUUUAGGCAGCUUUGUAUUUCUUACUUUAAAAACCAUCAUAAAUUUCAUUUUUGUCAAACACAUGUAUACAUUUGUAUGUGAUUUUUCAAAAGAGAAGGAAAAUUUUCAUUUUUCUUUUCACAAUGUGAUUGUAAUGAAUGAUAUCGGUGCAAUAUUUGUUUAGUUUUGACCACGUCCUUGUCCGUGAUGUGUUGUUAGUGGAAGUCGAGAUGUAGAAGGCAGUACUACAUUUCAGGAACUAGUAGGUGUAGUAUUUCACGCUCUGUACUCCGAUAUCCACGGAGGAAGGAGAACCCAGACUGUGUUAUUGACUGUGAUUUGUUGUAACCCUAGCAUUAUGAUAUUUACGGUGGUCUAAAACCAGAGAGGGACCGUCCCUUGAGAGACGAACGCCAUGACAUUUUAUCAGUCCUUCACCUCGUCUCUGUGAAUUAGUGAGCUAUUUUUUUUUUCUAUUUUUUUUUUCUAUAGUACGUUUUCUAUAGUAAGUUGUAAUGUACCUAUAUUAAAUUGUUGUUUUACACCUCCAGA